AUGCCGCUCAAAUUCAAUUUCGAAUUGAAAUGGGGUGAAGCUGCCAGGGCUGCCAAGGCACCUCCAAAAAAAGAUGACGCUGCCAAGGCACCUCCAAGAAAAGAGGAAGUUGCCAAGGCUGCCAAGACUCCCUCUCCACCUAAGCCUCCGACAUAUCCCACAGACGACGAGGGAUCGUGCUCCACUUGUUCCACAUCUUCUUCCUCCUCUUCGGAGUCGGAACGCACUAAAAGUUGGUGCCUUUCAGAUUAAACUUACUAGUUGUAAGUAUACAUUGACCAAUCAUUUUAGGCCUCCAACAAGCCCAAGGUCCCAUCGUCCAAAAUUUCGUCUAUUUGAAUGGCAAAGAAGAUACGACUCAGAAGAGUCAGCAGGUAUUUAAAUGUUGUUCAGAGUCUAUCAAAUGAUUACAAUUUGAUCAAGCAAUGUAUAAUUAAUUAUAGUCGAAAGUCCAAACUUCCGGAAACAAGGACGAAAAGGAUGUAGCUCGCAAGAACAAGGAAGAAAAGGAUGUAGCUCGAAAAAACAAGGACGAAAAGGAUGUAGCUCGCAAGAACAAGGAAGAAAAGGAUGUAUCUCCCACAUCCUACACCAAAUAUGUCACAGUUAAAUCGUUGGCUGAUUUUGCGGGCAACACUUUAAAGAUGGAUAAUGAUUAUGAUGAGGAGAAGGCUCGUCAGGAAGAAGAAGCUGAACGGAACGAACGAGAGAAGACCCAGUACCUAGACGUAGGUUUUGGAACUAUUUACUUGGCAACUGCACGACAUAUUACAUUAUAAUUCUAAUCUUUUACUUAUACAGUUCAACCCGGCUCCCAUUGACAAAACCAACAAAGUGAUCUUUGUUCGAACCGGCGAACGCAUGGACGGGGUGUUCCCAUCGUGGUCCAAGACUACCAAUUGCUAUGGUCAAUACCGCCGUUACAAUGCCAACCAGCCAGCCACUUUGCCGAUCAGACGUCACGGAAUCCACGGGUUCAAAAAAGAUUCCCCUUUGACUUGUUACGGCCAAAAGUUGUCCCAUUUGGUGGCCAGUUCCUUGAAGAGAGCUCGUUAUCGACCGGUCGCCGUUUACUCGGCUCCAGCUCUCCGGUAAGACCAUUUAUUGAUACAAAUUAUAUUACUUUAGAUGCAUUGAGACCGCUUCUUAUAUUGUGAACGUCCUGAAAGCCCCCAAGAUUCGGAUUGAGCAUGGAUUGGAUCAGAACAUCGCGGAUAUCCUCAAGGAACGGCCAGUUUAUAUGACGAAUCAGGAGUUACUGGAAGGUGGAUAUCCGAUCGAUGAUGAAUACCAAUCAAUUAUGAAGCCAUUUACUGAAGAAGUGACCUUAGAUGAGAGCCAAGUCAAUGUUAGAAUUAGGAAUACUAUGGGAAGAAUUAUGGGAAAUCACGAGAAGGGCAUUAUUUUGAUCGUCACCCAUGCAGUGAUCAUUAUUCAAGGCGCCAAAUAUCUGAUCAAUUCUACCAAAGAAGACAAUAUUGAUGAAACCGCUGCGGCUAAAUUACUUCCUCUUUGCUCGGUCUUGGUCAUGACCACUUUGGUAAGCAAUAAAACAAAGAUUAAUGUUGUCCUUUAGGAUGGAGUAUUCAAUAUGGACGAGAAAUACCAAGUUCUCCCUUUCACCAACUGCCAGAUCAGCACCGCUCCGAAAAUCGCUCAGCUUAAAAAGCUUCUUUGA